AUGGCAACUGGAGCUUCAUUUGUCACUAUGCUAUGCGUUGACGGCAGUGAGCAUUCCGAACAAGCAUUUAACUAUUACACAAGCUAUAUCCACAAAUCAGAUAAUAAAUUGAUAAUACUUCACGUGGCGCGGCCGCCCGCAGUUCCUGCAUUAGCGAUUAGUGCACCGAUGUCUGUACCAUUCGAGGAUUUGAAAAGGAUAACGGAAGACAAUGUUCAUAAAAGUGAAGUAAUUGAGGAACGUUAUAGCUCAAUUUGCAAACACUUGGGAAUACAACACCAAUAUGCUAUACAUCAUCCGAAUGGCCGUGUUGGCGAAGCAAUCGUAGAUGAGGCUAAAAAAAGAGAUGCAGAUCUAGUUGUUAUUGGAUCAAGAAGUCAACGAUUGUCCAGAACGUAUGUCGGUUCAGUCAGUGAUUACGUACUUCACCACAGCACUAUUCCCGUCUUAAUCUGCCCGGGGCAACCCCAAUAA